GUUAUAAUAAGGAAGAUGAUGUUUCAUUCCCUGUCACCUUGUUGGAGGAAGAUUGGUGGGACGUGGAUGGUGAAGGAUCUGAAAGCAGUGAUGUUUGUUUAGAGGAUAGGAUAAACAAGAUUUAUAAUUUUUAUUUCAAUAAUGUUGAGGAAGUUGUGCCAGAGAUUGACAUCAGGGAACUUGAAGAGAAAGACUGA